AUGGAUCUAUCAGGCAGACCAUUCCCUCUGCCCUUUCCCCAUCUUCCUCUCCAUCCUCGCAGGCCCGAGUCCCGCAUCUGGACGGUGAUGUUGCUGCUGGGGACGUGCCUGCUGUACUGCGCCCGCGUCACCGUGCCCAUCUGCGCCGUCGCCCUGAGCACCCACUUCGACUGGGACAAGAAGCAGUCCGGCAUAGUGCUCAGCAGCUUCUUCUGGGGCUACUGCUUGACACAGAUUAUCGGAGGACAUAUCAGUGAUCAAAUAGGAGGUGAGAAAGUCCUCCUCCUCUCAGCAUCAGCCUGGGGGUUCCUCACGGUCCUCACCCCGCUGCUCACCCACGUCACUUCUGCCCAUCUCGUUUUUAUGACCUCCUCCAGGUUCCUCAUGGGGCUGCUGCAAGGGGUGUAUUUCCCGUCCCUGGCCAGCCUGCUGUCCCAGAAGGUCCGGGAGAGCGAGCGAGCCUUCACCUACAGCACAGUGGGGACCGGCUCGCAGUUUGGGACGCUGGUGAUCGGCGGUGCGGGAUCUCUCCUCCUGGACUGGUAUGGCUGGGAGAGCGUUUUCUACUUCUCCGGUUUGCUCACUUUGCUGUGGGUUUACUGCACCUGCAAGUACCUCCUGAGUGAGAAAGAACUCAUCUUCCCCAUAGAUUAUUUAAUGAGAGGCCUCUCGAUAUCCAAGCAGACCAAAGUUCCCUGGAAGCAGCUGUUUAAGAAGGCACCGAUAUGGGCUGUCAUCAUCGCUCAGCUUUCCACGGCCAGCACGUUUUUCACUCUCCUCUCCUGGCUGCCAACUUUCUUUAAGGAAACUUUCCCCGAGUCAAAGGGUUGGGUGUUUAAUGUAGUCCCCUGGCUGGUUGCAAUUCCAACAAGUUUGUUCAGCGGAUUUCUGUCUGAUCAUUUAAUCAACCAGGGGUACAAAACCAUCACCAUUCGUAAGUUCAUGCAGGUCAUUGGCUCCGGUGUCUCAAGCAUUUUUGCUUUGUGCCUGGGCCAGACCUCCAGUUUUUGCAAAGCGAUAGUGUUCGCCUCCGCCUCUGUUGGACUUCAGACCUUUAACCACAGUGGCAUUUCAGUAAACGUGCAGGAUCUGGCCCCCUCGUGCGCCGGCUUACUCUUCGGUGUUGGGAAUACAGGUGGAGCCCUCCUAGGUGUCAUUUGCGUGUACUUGGCUGGCUACCUGAUUGAAACGACUGGCUCCUGGAUUUCUGUUUUCAACCUGGUGGCUGCUGUUAACAGCAUCGGCCUCUGUGCAUUCCUCAUGUUUGGAGAGGCCCAGAGGGUGGACACAGACUCUGCAUAUAUGGACCUCUAG